AUGUUUAUGGACACAUUCCGUAAUGUCCCACCUCAAGAUGGUGUCGACGAUUUGGGUGUGAAAAGUUUAUAUACAAACCUCCAAAUAGAUGAAUAUGAAGAACCGGAUGCCUGUUUGGUGCCUCGACGUUGA